AUGGAGCGGGAGCGCGGCGUGGAGGUGCAGUUCCUUCACCCGGAGCCGGGCCACGUGCUGCGUACCAGCCAAAACGGACAGCGGAGCUGCUACAUCAACAUCUGCAGCAACGGGCUGGUGCGGCGGCCUCACUGCGCUCCGGCGACGGACAAGGAGGGGCGUGCUGGGCAGCACUGGAGCCUGCCGUGUUCCCUCUGUCCCGCCCGGGAGGAGCUGAGCCCGGAGGAAGGGCGGGAUCUCGUCUAUGAUGUCCUCUUCAACCCGGAGACCCUGCGCCUGGCCUCCGGCAACCAAAAGUUCAAGACCAUGGUGGACCUGACUGCCCUGGACAUGGUGACCCGCGGCUUCUGUGUGGUCCUGGAUACCGCCAACGUGACCACCCUGAAGGAGAAUUACCGGGGGAUCCCACGGACCUGCGUCAUCCGCAGACUCCGCCCCGGAGCUAAGCCCAAACCGCAGGAUCCCGCAGACCCGGUGAGCUUCCCGUACCCCUACGGUGUGCCUGGAGGACAGAAGAAGGUCGGUCGGGGUAAACCCAAGGUCCAGCCACCCCCCGCCAUCCGCAAGGCCAACCAAGAGCCCACCGUCCCCCGCUACACCAUCCGCCACCGCUCCUACGUGGAUAUCCAGGACUACCGGGACGCCAGGGACUCGGCACCCAGCCCUGUACCCAAGGAGCUGGUCAUCACCGUGGAGAUGCCGCUGCUGACCUCCGCCACCGAGGUUGACCUGAACAUCGAAGGAAAGGCCCUGAGCCUGGAGUCCAAGAAGCCGGCCUACAAACUUCAACUAAAGCUGCCCUAUCUGGUGGAGGAGAAGAGGGGCACGGCCCAGUUCAACAAGAUCAAGAAGCAGCUGGUAAUCACUGUGCCCGUCGUCCAGCAGGACACCCUAAAACUAAUGCAGGAGCAGCUGGCCAACGGCCCAGGACCGGAAUCUAAAUCAACCCCAUCCCCCGACUCUGCUACCCAGGAGGCCAGCAAUACGCAAGAGUCCGGCAAGGCGGCGGAAAGUCCUUCAGAGGCGGAACCUGAGAAGGUCCAGGAGCCAGUGGCGGCAGGACACGUCAUCAAUGCCCUGCUGGAGGUUCCCCCGGAGUGCCCCAUCUUCACCUGCUCCCAGAGUGCCACCACGCUGACUUUAGUGAUCCACGUCAAGGACAUCGAUGAGCACAGCAUCACCUCGGAGGUCGGCUGCUAUCAGUGCGAGAUCCGCUUCUGUGUCCGAUCCACCAACACCCCCUACGUUCUCUUUGUACAGUUCCUGCCGCAGUAUAACCUGAACACGAACGAUAUCGCGGUGAGCGUGUCCGAGGACAAUGUCGUCAUAGAGCUGACCAAAUCCUCCGAGUGCUUCGGCCUGUGGAAGAAUCUCUACUUCGGGGUGAAUAGCAAUUCUCUGCAGGAAAGAAGGUUUAUUAAUGAAGACAAUGUGACAGAAUUUCUGGAAAGUGGUUUACGCCCUUCUACCAUUCCCUGGUCUACACUAGAGGACCAACCGCUGAUUAAUGUACUUGAAAUGAAUGAUGAAAGAACCCACAUCCGGUUAAAUAAACCGGAGCUGGAGCAGGAAAGCUAUCUGGCCCACAGGGAGCGAUGUGCAGAUCUGAGCGACGUGAAGAAGGAGAUAAGUUACCAGUCAGAUGAGACGGGGCCGUCUGAUGCAGAAGACAAUCUGCAGGAGCCACAGCCAGGGGUCAAUGUGGAGAGCCAAGGCAGGCGGCUACAGUUCCACACAGAGAACCCCGCAUACUGUACCUGUCAAGGGCAACUGGAAGACUCCAGUGCAGAAGAUGAGGGACUUGUCUUUAAAGAAAUCCCGGCCAGGGAACUCGAUGAAGAUGACAUCCCUGAUGGAAAAGAACAGGAACCAAGCCCUGUGUUACAGAACUCCCGAACCUAGCCCUAGCCUAAAGGAAGUUGAUGCCAAAGAUGGCCGUGUUCACGUCAUCUCUGAUCACAAAACACAAUGUGCCUUCAGCUUUGAGAACGCCUUACUCUUUGAAUUAGAUUAA